AAGGUAAAAUAAUCCUCUUUGCACGUUCCCGGUGGCGGCCGCUCGCUUCCUCACUGUCCUCCUCGGAAUUAAACCCAAACCCAACCCGUGACACGAGUUUGAAAACCUGAGUUGAAUGAAUAAAUCCGCCAAGAGCGAGCACCAUUCCUUUAGAGAGGAAAAAUUCGUCCCUUGCAAGUACCAAGGGAUGAGUCACUCGCUCGGGUUCUCUGCCUCCGAAAACACGCCGGGAAUGUUCCGGGGAGCCGGUACCGGGAGCUGGGCGCUGGGUUUUCCGCCUUUUCGUGAUGGAUGCGGGUGAUGCCAUCGAGUUUGGCUGAGGCACACGAAGCCUCCCAUCACCAACAGCAGGCAGCACAGAACAGUUUGUUGCCUCUCCUGAGCUCUGCUGUUGAGCCGCCCGAUCAGAAGCCGAUUCUGCCCUUACCAAUAACGCAGAAACCUCAGCCUGCACCAGAAACAUUAAAGGAUGCUAUUGUUGGGAUUAAAAAGGAAAAACCUAAAACCUCCUUUGUGUGCACUUACUGCAGCAAAGCUUUCAGGGACAGCUACCAUUUGAGGCGUCACGAGUCCUGCCACACAGGGAUAAAGUUAGUGUCACGGCCAAAGAAAACUCCCACCACAAUGGUGCCCCUUAUCUCGACCAUCGCUGGUGACAACAGCCGGAGUUCGCUGGUUUCGACUAUCGCAGGCAUCCUGUCCACUGUCACUACGUCUUCCUCUGCCACCAACCCCAGCAGCAGCGCCGGCGCCACGGCCAUGGCAGUGACGCAGACGGUGAAGAAGCCCAGCAAGCCCGUGAAGAAGAACCACGCCUGCGAGAUGUGCGGAAAGGCCUUCAGGGACGUCUACCACCUCAACCGGCACAAGCUGUCCCACUCCGACGAGAAACCCUUCGAAUGUCCCAUUUGCAAUCAGCGCUUCAAGAGAAAGGAUCGCAUGACCUACCACGUGAGGUCUCACGAGGGGGGCAUCACGAAACCCUACACCUGUGGUGUUUGUGGAAAAGGCUUCUCGAGGCCUGAUCAUUUAAGCUGUCACGUUAAACACGUUCACUCAACAGAGAGACCCUUCAAAUGCCAAACGUGCACUGCUGCCUUUGCCACCAAAGACAGACUGCGGACACACAUGGUGCGCCAUGAAGGAAAGGUAUCGUGUAAUAUCUGUGGUAAACUUCUGAGUGCAGCAUAUAUCACCAGCCACUUAAAGACACACGGGCAGAGCCAAAGUAUCAACUGUAAUACCUGUAAACAAGGCAUCAAUAAAACAUGCAUGAGUGAAGAGACCAGCAACCAGAAACAGCAACAGCAGCAGCAACAACAGCAACAACAACAGCAGCAGCAGCAGCAGCAACAGCAGCAACAACAGCAACAACAGCAGCAGCAGCAGCAACAGCAGCAACAGCAGCAACACGUAACAAGUUGGCCUGGAAAGCAGGUAGAGACCCUGAGAUUGUGGGAAGAGGCCGUCAAAGCGAGGAAGAAAGAAUGUCAGUUCACCUUUGAGAAGGCUAUAGAGUACGUACCAUUCGAAGCUGCUAACUUGUGCCAAACCUCCACUGCUGCUACUACGCCUGUGACUCUUACUACUCCAUUCAAUAUAACGUCCUCUGUGGCUUCUGGGACUAUCACAAACCCAGUCACAGUGGCAGCUGCAAUGAGCAUGAGAAGUCCAGUAAAUGUAUCAAGUGCAGUUAAUAUAUCCAGUCCGAUGAACUUAGGGCAUCCUGUAACUAUAACCAGUCCUCUGUCCAUGACCUCGCCCCUCACGCUCACCACCCCGGUGAACCUGCCCACCCCGGUCACGGCUCCAGUGAACAUAGCGCACCCCGUCACCAUCACGUCCCCCAUGAACCUGCCCACCCCCAUGACGCUGGCUGGCCCCCUCAACAUAGCCAUGAGACCAGUGGAGAGCAUGCCUUUCCUGCCCCAGGCCUUGCCCACCUCUCCUCCCUGGUAAACAAGUUCUAAACAGUAUUAAAAAGGAUUAAAAUGGAAUCCUUACCAGCAGUUCUUUUUUGGGUUUUGUUUGGUUGGGUUUUUUUUUUUUUCUUUUUUCUUUUUUUCCUUUUAUUUUGGUUUUUGUUUUGUUUUGUUCUGUUGGGUUUUUUGUUUUGUUUUGUUUUAGUUCAUAAUAAAUUCAGGCUAAGACACUGGGGCAACACCAUCAGAGACCACAGUAGCAUCUUCCCCUUGAUUUGGCUCACAUGGUUCAGGCUUGAGUUUCACUGGAGCACUUCAUUUAAAGUAAGUUUUACCUUGUAGCUGACUGAUGCUGAAUUAGAGCAGAUACUUAUUUGCCAGAGUUUUUAAAGAAAAAAAAAAACAACAAAAAAAAAACCAACAAAAAAAAAGGUAAUUAAAAAAACAGUUUUAUGUUUUAU